AUGCGCACCGUAGUAGUCAACCUCCUCCUCCCCUCUAAAGUCUCGUAUACGAAUAAGUAUAAUACCGUGAGACGAAAGAGUCCACAUCCUAAACGCGCGGUGAACGCGAGGACGGUUUUGAAGGUGGCGAGAGAAGAAGAAGAACCUUUGGUGCUGUGUUUGAGGAUUCCUGACGAGGAGGAUGGUCUCGAGGCGAAUCAUCUUCAGAUACAAAAAGAAGAAGAAGAAGAAGAGGGAGUAGAAGAAGGAGAAGAAGAGAUAACUGUUAGGGAAGGAGCGAAGAGAAAGAUAGGGCACGAGUGCGAUGUGUGCGGGAAGAUGUUUGAUAGACCAUCUAAAUUGGCUAUACACAUACGUACGCACACGAAAGAGAAACCGUACGAAUGUGAUGUGUGCGAGAAGCGUUUUACUCGAUCUGGUAGCUUGAAAAGGCACAUGCGUAUUCACACGAACGAGAAACCGUAUGAAUGUGAUGUUUGCUGGAAGAGAUUCAGUCGAGCUGAUGCUUUGCAAAGCCACAUGCGUAUUCACGCGAACGAGAAACCGUACGAAUGUGAUGUGUGCGAGAUGAAGUUUCGUCAUUCUAAUAAUUUGAAAGUUCACAUGCGUAUUCACGCGAACGAGAAACCGUACGAAUGUGAAGUUUGCGAGAAGAGAUUUCGUCAAUCUAGUCAUUUGAAAGUUCACAAGCUUAUUCACACGGGCGAGAAACCGUACGAAUGCGAUGUCUGCGAUAAAGCUUUUCGUCAAUCUGGUCAUUUGAAAAGGCACAAGCGCACUCAACAUUAG